AUGGCUGGUUCAUCAGCAAAUCCGUCAGCGAAGCCACUGUCGCAGCGCGCUCCACUCCGGGUCCAAAAAUUCGACAUAUCCAAACGCAAAGAAAACCCCCAAAAAUACCAGGAUCAUCGAGAGCAAUUGGAAUCUGCGUUGAAACCCAAGGGCAAGUCUGUCGACGCUAGCGAAACUAGUAAGCGCAAGGCAAAAGAGCCCAGUCCAGAUGAAUCUAGCGAAGACGAGAUCGACGAAGAAAUGAUGGCAACUAUGCGUGAGGUUAUGGGAUUCACCAGAUUUCGAAGCACCCACAACAUGAAGGUCCCGGGAAACAAUGUCGGCUAUGUACGGAAGACCAAGGUGCUCCAGUAUCGCCAGUACAUGAACCGAAGUGGUGGUUUCAACCGCGCACUGAGUCCUAGUGGCGGGAAGGAUUAG